AUGUCGAGCCAGCCACUCCUCCAGACAGCUCCCGGCAAACGAAUCGCCCUCCCCACCCGCGUCGAGCCGAAAGUCUUCUUCGCGAACGAGCGGACCUUCCUCUCAUGGCUUAACUUCACCGUUAUCCUGGGCGGUCUCGCCGUCGGGCUCCUCAAUUUUGGUGAUCGCAUCGGCCGCAUCUCCGCCGCCCUCUUCACCGUCAUCGCCAUGGCGGCCAUGAUCUAUGCGCUCAUUACAUUCCACUGGCGCGCGCAGAGUAUCCGGCGUCGUGGACAGAGCGGGAUCGACGACCGCUUUGGACCGACUAUACUGGCCCUGGCUCUCUUGGCGGCCGUUAUUGUUAACUUUAUUCUGCGAAUUCGUGAUGGAGAGUCCGAUUGA